UAUGGUAAGUAUGUUAACAAUAAUAUAAGUUUGAAGGACGUUUUGGAGCGAUGUAUUUUACUCGGUUAUUAUUGAAGAAUGAGAGAAAACAUAGUGUUGUUUGGAGAUUCAAUAACGGAGCAAUCGUUCGAAAAUGGUUGGGGUUCUUCACUCGCCAAUCACUUUUCUCGCAAGGCUGAUGUAAUUGUUCGUGGCUAUUGCGGUUACAACACUAGAUGGGCUUUGUUCUUACUCAAUCAUAUCUUCCCACUCGAGUCACGUAAACCACCGGUUGCUACAACAAUUUUCUUCGGUGCUAAUGACGCGGCUUUAAUCGGAAGAACCAAUGAAAGACAACAUAUACCUAUUCCAGAAUACAAACAAAACCUCCAAAAAAUUGUCAAUCACUUGAAGUCAAGGUCAUCAACUAUGCUUAUUGUGCUUAUUACUCCACCUCCUGUUUGUGAGGAAGGGCGUCGAGCAUUGGCCAUAUCCUUAUAUGGUGAUAAUGCUAGUAAUAAAUUGUCCGAAAGAACAAAUGAAGCUACUGGUGAAUACGCAAAAGCAUGUAUUGAGACAGCUAAGGAAAUGGGUGUGCCUUAUAUCGAUUUAUGGUCCAAAAUGCAAGAAACCGAUGGCUGGAAAAAGAAAUUCUUAUGGGAUGGGUUGCACCUGACAGUAGAUGGAAAUGCAGUAGUGUAUCAAGAAGUGAUCAAGGUGUUCAAUGAGGCAGGACUUUCUGCUGAUAAUAUGCCAUUUGAUUUUCCUGACUACACUGAAAUUGAUCACAAAAAUCCUGAGACUUCUUUUCAGCAGAAUGUUUGUGAUGCCUCAUUAUAGAAAGAUUCUGGUUUAGUCUUUCAAUUUUAUAGUAUUUUUACUGAAUUUUUUAGUUGCCAAGUUUUAAUACUGUUUGUUAAUAAAAGCAUGUUGCUUACUGCGUUUAAUAAUGUAUCGGGUGUAUCUUUGUAUGGCUUCAAAUCAUUCUUAUAUGAUAAAAAUAAUUUAUGUUAUCUUUA